AGAAAUCAAUGAAAGGAUUCCUCUUUGCUAAGCUGUAUUUUGAAAUAAAAGAAUAUGAACUUGCUAAAAGGUAUAUAUCUACUUACCUCAAUGUACAAGAGAGAGAUCCCAAAGCACACAGAUUUCUUGGACAAAUUUACGAAGCUGAGGAUAACAUAGAAAAAGCUUUUGGGUGUUACAAGCGUUCUGUGGAGUUGAACCCAACACAGAAAGAUCUUGUCUUGAAGAUUGCAGAGUUACUAUGCAAUAAUGACAUUACUGAUGGAAGAGCAAAAUACUGGGUUGAGCGAGCUGCUAAGCUUUUCCCUGGGAGUCCUGCUGUUUACAGGUUGAAGGAGCAGUUAUUGGAUUGUAAAGGUGAAGAUGGAUGGAAUCAGCUUUUUGACUUGAUUCAAGCAGAACUUUAUGCAAGACCAGAUGACGUCUACAUAAACAUCAGACUAGUUGCACUCUACCGUUCAAAUAAUAGAUUAAGAGAUGCUGUGCUCCAUUGUCAGGAGGCAGAGAAGAAAAUCCCUUUGCAGUCAAGCUUGGAAUGGUGUUCCUGUGUUGUAGAGACAUUUGAGGAAUAUCUGGAAUCUUUACAAGACUUGGAGUCUGAUAAAAAUAACUGGAGAGCUAUCAAGAAAGAUCAUCUGCUGGCCUAUUCUAGCUUUGUCAAAAUGACACUUUCUUCUAGAGAUGUUCAGGAAUGCAGAGAGGCACUUGAAAGUUUUGAUCGUGUGCUUCAGUCAGUGAAACCAUAUGUGAGUGGGGCUGAUGAGUUGUCUCGUACCUACGUGGAAAUGAAAGGACAGCUAUAUAUGCAUGCUGGAACUUUGCUACUGAAAAUGGCCCAACACAAUGAGGCACAGUGGAGAGCUGUGUGUGAACUAGCAGCAUUGUGUUAUCUGAUAAGUUUCCAGGUUCCUAAACCAAAGUCAAAACUAAUAAAGGGGGAUCAAACUGGACAAGAUGUGCUAGAAAUGUUGGCCUGUGAUCGGAAAAGCCAGUCUGGUCAUAUGUUGCUGAACUUAAGCCACGGCAAGCAAGACUUCUUUAAAGAGAUUGUGGAAUCUUUUGCAAACAAGAGUGGUUCAUUUACAUUGUUUGAUAGCCUGUUUGAGAGUGGAGCUUCUAGAGAGAGAUCUUUUAUUGGCACGGAUGAUAUUGGAAAUGUCAGUACACAAGCACCAGUGCAAUUGGAACUUAAUAAAUAUGACAUUGGUGCUGUUCGAAUGCACAAUGGCAGUCUCCAGCACCUUGUGUGGCUUGGCUUGCAGUGGAACUCCAUGUCAGUCUUACCCCCAAUGCGGAAAUGGCUAAAACAGCUUUUUCACUUGCCCCAAGAAACAUCAAGACUUGAGACAGAUGCUCCUGAAUCCAUUUGCCUAUUGGACCUUGAAGUGUUUCUACUUGGGGUGGUAUUCACUAGCAACUUACAAUUGCAAGAGAAGUUUAAUUCUUACUAUGGCGCACAUCAGCCUCAAUUCUUACCGUUGCCAGUGUGCAAACAGCUCUAUACCGAAAAGCAAAGAUGCUGGUGGGAUGCCGUUCGUACUCUUAUUCAGAGAAAAACAAUACCAGGAACAGCAGCAAAACUGAGGCUUAUUGUACAGCAUGGAAUAAGUACUCUGCGAACACUGGAGAAGCAUGGCCUUCAACCUGCCUUAAUUAUACACUGGGCAAAAAGCCUGCAAAAAACAGGCACUAGCCUUAACUCCUUCUAUGACCAGAAGGAAUACAUUGGACGAAGUGUCUAUUACUGGAAGAAAGUUUUGCCUAUGCUGGAAAAUAUCAAAAAGAAGAGGAAUAUUCCUGAACCUACUGAUCCUCUCUUCAGACACUUCCAUAGUGUAGACAUUCAGGUCUUUCAGGUUGCAGGAUAUGAAGAAGAGGCGCGUAUAGCAUUUGCAAUGUUGGAUGCAGUUGAUGGCAAAACUGAUGAUGCUUUGUUAGCAUUUGAAGCUAUUAAGAAUGUGGUUUCAUACUGGAAUCUUGCUGUGAUCUUCCAAAGAAAGGCAGAAGAGAUCGAAAAUGAUGCCAUGCUGCCAGAAGAACAAGAAGAACACAAAACCUAUCUUCUUAAAAGCAAGUAUUAUCUAAUGAAGAUCAUUGAGGAAAGCUCCUCGGAUAUGUCAGUAAGUGAGAAACUGCCGGUGUCUAUUGAAACUGUGAGGGAAAUGCUAGAUACAGUGAUCCAGGAACUUGGCGAGAAUGGUGAAGAGGGAAGUCCUGCCUUCAGGAAUGGUCUAUCACGAGCUGUAGAUUCAGAGGUGAAACAUUCCACUCCGUCACCACCCAAGUUCUCUCUUUCACCAACUAAGAGCUACAAGUUUUCUCCUAAAACUCCACCUCAGUGGGCAGAAGAUCACAGAUCUAUACUUCAAAUGAUCUGUCAGCAAGUGGAAGCUUUAAAGAAUGAAAUGCAAGAAAUGAAACUUAAUAGUUCCAACUCAAAUGCAUCAUCUCAUCGAUGGCCUACUGAAAGCUAUGGAACAAAUACAAUGUCAGAAGGUUAUCAGAGAGCACAAAAUCUUCAUGAAGCUCCGUUAACAGUUGCUACCACUGGCCCGUCUGUUUACUACAGCCAGUCACCUGCCUAUAACUCUCAGUAUCUUCUCAGAACUGCUGCAACCAAUGUAACACCAACGAAGAUUCCUUUUGAUACUGAAGCUAAGCCUGCAAAGGAAGGAUUUAGCUUUUCAAUGCCAGUGCCUCCAGAUGGAUUUAAAUUUGGGAUACAGGAGUCUAGUAAAAAUACCACAAAGAAAGAUGAGCCAUCCAAAGAUGGAAUUACAUUCCAAUUUCAAGAAACAGCAAACAAGGAGAAAGGUGACUUUGUUUUUGGACAAAAUAGCAGCACUUUUACUUUUGCCGAGCUUGCAAAAAAUGCUCAGAGGGAAAGCUUUCAGUUUGGCAAAAAAGACCCUAACUUCAAAGGCUUUUCAGAUGCAGAUAAAAAGCUGUUUUCUUCGCAGGCUUCUAAAAUGGAUCACAAAGCAAACACUUCUGCUGACCUUGGUGAGAAGGAUGAUGAUGUGUAUAAGACAGAGGAUAGUGAUGAUAUCCAUUUUGAACCUAUAGUUCAGAUGCCUGAAAAAGUAGAACCAUUUACAGGAGAGGAAGAUGAGAAAGUGUUAUACUCCCAAAGAGUAAAGCUGUUCAGGUUUGAUCCAGAAACAAGCCAGUGGAAAGAACGUGGAGUGGGCAACCUGAAGAUUCUUAAAAAUGAAGUUAAUGGCAAAGUAAGAAUAUUAAUGCGGCGUGAGCAGAUACUGAAGGUGUGUGCAAAUCACUAUAUAACAACAACGAUGAACUUGAAACCACUGUCUGGCUCAGACAAAGCAUGGAUGUGGGUGGCCAGUGACUUCUCUGAUGAUAAGGCAAAGUUGGAACAACUGGCAGCAAAAUUCAAGACACCAGAGCAGGCUGAGGAGUUCAAGCAGAAGUUUGAAGAAUGUCAGAGACUACUACUAGAUAUACCACUGCAGACACCUCAUAAGCUUGUUGAUACCGGUAGGACAGCUCAACUUAUACAGAAAGCAGAAGAAAUGAAGUGUGGCUUAAAAGAUCUCAAAACAUUUCUGACAGAUGACAAAACUAAACUCUCAGAAGAGGAAAACGUAAACUCUGUUUGUGCCAGCAGUACUUCUGAUCUGGUUAUAAAGCCACAUGCGGAAAGUACUGGGCCUACUCUGGAGUGGGAUAACUAUGACUUGCGUGAAGAAGCAUUGGAUGAUAGUGUAAGUAGUUCUGUGUAUGCAUCACCUCUUGCAAGUAGUCCUGUAAGAAAAAAUCUGUUUAGGUUUGGAGAGUCUACCACGGGCUUUAGUUUCAGCUUUAAAUCUGCCUUGAGCCCAUCCAAAUCUCCUUCCAAACAGAACCAGAGUAGAACAUCAGUAGGCACAGAUGAAGACUCUGACAUUACUCAGGAAGAAGAGAGAGAUGGGCAGUACUUUGAACCUGUGGUGCCUCUGCCUGACCUUGUGGAAGUGACCAGUGGUGAGGAAAACGAGCAAGUUGUCUUCAGUCACAGAGCUAAGCUCUACAGAUAUGACAAAGAUGCUAAUCAGUGGAAGGAGAGAGGUAUUGGGGAUAUAAAGAUACUACAGAACUACGACAACAAACAAGUGCGUAUAGUAAUGAGAAGGGAUCAGGUACUAAAACUCUGUGCCAAUCAUAGAAUAACACCAGAUAUGAAUAUACAACAAAUGAAAGGAUCCGAUAGAGCGUGGGUAUGGACUGCAUGUGACUUUGCAGAUGGCGAAAGGAAAGUAGAACUUCUAGCUGUGCGAUUCAAGCUGCAGGAUGUUGCGGACUCAUUUAAGCAGAUUUUUGAUGAAGCAAAGCGUGCUCAAGAGAGAGACACACUGAUAACACCUCUUUCUUCUCGGGCUAAUACGCCGAAGGAAUCUCCAUGUGGUAAAAAUGCAGUAGCUGUACUAGAAGAAACUACCAGAGAAAGAACUGACCUCAGCCAUGGUGAUGAUACUUCUGAUGUAACUGUAGAAGUCACAGAGGUGUCAAACACUUCUGAAACGCCAACAAAAACAGUGGUUUCUCCUCCAAAGUUUGUAUUUGGAUCUGAAUCUGUUAAGAGCAUUUUCAGCAAUGGAAAGUCAAAGACAUUCACAUUUGGAAAUACUUCAGCCACUAGUUCUCUCUUUGGCUUCAGCUUUAAUCCUCCAAGAAAGAGUGAAGACCAUAUUCCAAUGUCUCGGAACACAGUACAGAAAGAUCUGGAAGUCUCUGAACCACCAAAAAGCUCUAGUGCUCCUCAGAAGCCUCUAGACAGCAAAGUAGACAACUUGCCUACUUCAACACAAGAUGGACCCUCUAACUUCUCAUUUAGAAUUCUGGAAAAAGCUGAGAAGACGACGUCAGAAGAUCUUCAAUCUGAUGAUGUUAUAAUAGUUUAUGAGUUAACACCUACCCCUGAACAGAGAGCUCUCGCUGGAUUUCUCAAGCUACCUUCAACAUUUUUCUGUUACAAGAAUAAGCCUGGAUAUGUGAGUGACGAGGAUGAUGAUGAAGACUAUGAAACAGCUGUUAAGAAACUUAAUGGAAGACUGUAUCCCAGUGAUUCAGAAGAGAAAAAGAAAUUGCAAGAUCCUGUAAAAGUAGGCCCUAUAGGAAAAAGUGAAUGCAACAAUGAAAGAGAAUGUGUUACUGCUUGGGAAAAGAAAACAACUCCUGAGAAGGCUAAAGCAGAAAUUCCGCAGAUUCCUCCUACAUCUGUCUGUGGUGGCAGCGGUGAUACUGAGGAUGACAGUCCAGAAGACCUUCAGACAGAAGUUAAAAUUCAAGAAACUAAAGAGAAUGAGGUUACAAGCUCUACUGACUUAGUCUGUACCAGUAAGGAAGAAGUACCUACUCCAUCAACCAGUGAGGCGACAGUAUUUGUCCAGUCAGCUACCGAAAAUGAAGAACCAGAUUCCACUACGGAAACUGUGCGUGUAUCUCAGCCUUUAUCAGGAACUGAUGACAAACCUGUAGACUUGUCAACUAAGAAAAGUGAUUUGGACUGUACAGAAUCAACACAAGAAAACAGAAUCAUCUCCUUUGGUUUCGGCAAUACUGCAGGCUUGUCAUUUGCAGAUCUGGCUUCCAAAAACUCUGGAGACUUUGCUUUUGGCUCAAAAGAUAAAAACUUCAAAUGGGCAAAUACUGGAGCAGCUGUGUUUGGAGAGACAGCCCGUAAAGCAGAUGAAGAUGAAGGUGGUAGUGAUGAUGAGGUGGUACAUAAUGAUGAUAUCCACUUUGAGCCAAUUGUGUCCUUACCAGAGGUGGAAGUAAAAUCUGGAGAAGAAGAUGAAGAAAUUCUCUUCAAAGAGAGGGCAAAACUUUACAGAUGGGACAGAGGUGCUACUCAGUGGAAGGAGCGUGGUGUUGGAGAGAUAAAGAUCCUCUUCCAUACACAGAAGAAAUACUAUAGAGUCCUCAUGAGAAGGGACCAAGUUCUGAAAGUCUGUGCAAACCAUGUCAUCACCAAAGAAAUGAACUUAGUGCCCUCUGAUGCAUCAAACAAUGCUUUAAUUUGGACAGCCACAGAUUAUGCUGAUGGUGAAGUAAAAGUAGAACAACUUGCAGUCAGAUUUAAAAGCCAAGAAUUGGCUAAUUCUUUCAAGAAGAGGUUUGAAGAAUGCCAGCUAAGCCUGUCAGAACUACAGAAGGGACACUUAUCUCUGGCAGCAGGACUGUCAAAGGACACCAACCCCAUUGUGUAUUUUGAGGUUUCUGCUGAUGACGAACCUCUAGGACACAUAACCAUGGAGCUGUUUUCAAAUAUUGUCCCUCGAACUGCUGAAAAUUUCAGGGCCCUGUGCACAGGAGAGAAAGGAUUUGGAUUCAAGAACUCCAGCUUUCACAGAAUAGUCACUGACUUUGUGUGUCAGGGAGGUGAUAUAACUAACCAUGAUGGAACAGGUGGACGGUCAAUUUAUGGAACAGCAUUUGAAGAUGAGAAUUUUGAAGUGAAACACACUGGUCCUGGAUUGUUGUCAAUGGCAAAUAAGGGCAGGGAUACGAAUAAUUCUCAGUUCUUCAUAACACUUAAAAAGGCAGAACACCUGGACUUCAAGCAUGUGGUAUUUGGGUUUGUAAAAGAUGGAAUGGAUGUUGUGAAAAAGAUUGAAUCCUUUGGUUCUCCUAAAGGGCUAGUAAAUGGAAGAAUUGUCAUUACAGACUGUGGGCAAAUAUAGAAUUAUUGCUUUGAGUAUACAGAUGUUCUAGCAGUAUAAAUCACUAUUUAGAUGUUGACUAAUUAUUUCAACUUCUUAAAAUGGACACUUCUGAUGUAUAAAUGUAAAAUUACAGCUUAUAGUUGGGUUUUUUAUGUGUUCUAAUUGAUUUUUUGCAUGUUAAAAAGUUCAGACACUGGCAUAUUUCAGGUGUAUUUGUGUUAUCCUGACAUAUUUGUAUUAAAUGUCAAAUUUUAAAUAUUAAAUCUUAGUCUUGUUAAAAUAAA